AUGGCUGUCCCCGCAGCUCCACCUGCAAGCCAUGAUCCGGUCAAUGCCGCUGGGGAGCCCUCGCAGGCUCUGUCGAGACCUUUAAUUGCUGGAAAUACCAGCUCUGACAGCGAUGAGCCGGUCGUAAACGGUGUGGAUGUCGCUCGAGAAGACGAGGCUGACGGUAUGGUCGGGGUCAGCAUCAGUCGUGCCCAAAGUCGUAUGAAGGCCCGUUCCACGCCGGCAGAGGAAAAGACACGCGCGAUGGAACACAAUGGGGGCUAUUUUGACCCCAUUCCAGACACCGACGACUCGAGCGGUCUUUAUACCUCCGAGAUCACUGAUGAACCAGAACAACUAUCACAGGCCUCGAAACCGGAAGCUAGCCAACUGUCAACUUCACCCCAGAAUGUGGCACACCAAAACGGAACAGCGUUCUCUAAGGACGGCUCCAACAGUCGCACCAGCUUCACCCGGUCGAUCUUGAAGAAUGGCUUGCCACUGCGCCCUCGGGCUUGGUCGGGCGAUGCCAUGAAGAAGUUCCUGCCCGAUUUAGGAUAUCUUACUAAACGGACUUCUUUGCCUUUCCGCUCUUCCCAAAAUCGCUCCCGCAGUCAGACCCUGAAACCUUCCUCGUCCAAGUUGGCGCUUGACGAAGAGGGAGAGUCUCAUGCCAAGCCAAGACGCAGAUCUUGGAACGAUUCCGACUCUAAUAACGUGCUCGUUGAUGAGCCGAUCUCCGAUCUGAAACCCCUUGACGGCGCGACGGCAGCCAAGCAUUCAUUUACCCGUCGGCCCAGCGCGACUGUUUCAGGUGCGCCAUUGAUGCUCAGGAGAUCGUCUUCUGACCAAUCCUUGUAUCUGAGAGCAUCAUCUACUGCGUCAUCACUUGAUCAGCGGCCCCAGUAUGAGCACAUUCACUCCCAAGUCAACAGCCGAUUCAAGGCCAUCAAGGAUAGUAUACAGGAUUCAAGCAGCCGCUUGCUUAGCAUGCCUAGCUUGCACUUGCAAGACUUGCGGAGUGACUGGGGCUAUAAACCGUUCCUGGGAGAUGUUGCGAAUCGUAAAGGCAACAAUUACGCCGAUGAGCCGCCAGCUACGAGCGACGCGCCUCGAGAACCAGCGCCACCUCAAUUUGGAGCGCGUCCACCGCGAGCUAACUCCAAUUCAUGGCAUCCCGUAUUAAAUGAGGCAAUGUCCGCGUUAACUGGUGACGUUGUUAUAAUGGGGGGCUACCGAGGAUCUGUCUUACGUUCCGCCAAACCACCACAGCGUCAACUGUGGGUUCCAAUGAAAGUUGGGCUAAAUCUUCGCAAAGUGGACCUUGAAGUAGGCCUGAACCCGGAGGAUGAGGAGCGCAUGGAAGAAACGAUUAUUCCAUCAGGAGUUCUAUCGCACGUCGGGCCAGUUGACAUCUGCCGUCGGCUGAUGAAGCACCUCCGGAAGUCCGAGAAUGCCGUCAAAGGUGACCUCCGCGUAUGGGAUUAUGGUUACGAUUGGCGCUUGAGUCCACAUCUCCUCUCGAAAAAGCUGAUCAAGUUCCUGGAGGGCUUACCCUGUAAUGCGCCCGGUGUUCCGCCCGAAAAGCGGGGUGCUCAUGUUGUUGCGCACAGUCUCGGAGGGUUGAUCACCCGCCACGCCGUAAAUCAGCGUCCGGAACUCUUUGCUGGUGUUCUCUACGCCGGUGUCCCGCAACACUGUGUCAAUAUCCUAGGCCCUCUUCGCAAUGGGGACGACGUAUUGCUCAGUUCCCGUGUCCUGACGGCUCAAGUGAACUUCACCUUCCGGACCAGCUUCGCCCUCCUUCCCGAAGAUGGGCACUGUUUCAUCGACAAGCGCACCAAAGAAGAAUAUCGUGUGGACUUCUUCAACGUUCAGGCUUGGGACGAAUACCGGCUCUCACCCGUUAUCAACCCAGCCCUCCCGCCCAUGACAAACAAGGGCUUCGCUCUCGGAGGCAACAUUGGGAAACGCUUCUCUGCUGUUUUGGGUAGCAAAGAUAGCUUACCAUCUGAGGAUAUACCUGACGACGAUCAACAAGAUCCGAACCAGACCGGUCGCAGCAAUCCAAAUCCCGUUACCGACCCGGCCGAGAAGCUAGCCCCGAGCAUUGAGGGUGUUGUUGGCCCAACGUCCAACCUCCGCGGCUCGGCCAACGUCAAAUCCACCACUACCGUUACCAUCCCACGAGCCACAGCUAUAACCUAUCUCGAACGCACCCUCUCCGAAGUCCGUCGCUUCAAGCAAGAACUUGCAUUCAAUCCCUCUCAUCAAUCCAGUAACAGCUACCCACCUUUUGCAGUUCUAUACGGCAAAUCCGUUCCUACCGUCUACGGCGCGCGCAUCUCGACACGCGAACAAAUUAAACAUCAAGAUGCCUACGAUGACCUCGCCUUCGCCGCAGGCGACGGUGUUUGUCUCGCGUCUGCGGCAAUGCUGCCCCCAGGCUAUCGAAUCAUCAAACAUGGCCUGGUAAAAAGCGAUCGCGGUCACGUCGGAUUAUUGGGCGAUCUCGAAGGCGUUGGUCAAUGUCUUCGGGCUUUAGUGCGCGGAAGACGAGAGGGUGUAGGAAUAAGCGAUUCACCAUUAUCGACCUGA